AUGGAGAACUUUUUGGGACGGCAAAAAUACUGCAAGGCUCUGCAAAAAACUGCAAGGCCAGUAAAAAAAUGGCAAAGCCAAGCAAAAAAAUGCAAAACUUGCAAAAUUUUUGCAAGUUUUGCAAAAACAUUGGACAAAAGCAAAAGCAAUUUAAAAAAAAGCAAAGCCAUGCAAAAAUUUAAAAAAAAUGAAAAAUUUCGCAAAGCAGGCAAAACUUUUGCAGGGUGGCAAAAAAGUUGCAAAAAUUGGCAAAAAUCACGAUUAGAAAAUUUAACAGUAAAAUUUAAUAAUUUAUUGGAAGUGUAG